CCGCAAACACCCGGCAUCAUUCACGCUUCGUACGCUUGAAACGCCAGUAACACUUGCGGCGCCUUGGGAAUGCUGUGUCGUUCGGUUGAUGUCGUGUUCGCUGUUAGUUUUUGCUUUGUGUAUAGUUCUGUCGCGCACACUAGCGCAGCAAAGGCCAGCCUAACGUAUCUGUAUAUGUCCAACCUUACGGAGAAAUCGCAGCCGGAUAAGAUUCUUAGUUCAAUUACCGCAAAUGUGAUCGCAACGCCCUAUCAUUUCAGCAAAGUGGACCAACAUGACAGUCGCAUGUCUUCCAAGUUAUUGCAUGUGCUGGUUGAGUUCAAUCACCAUGGAGCGGAAUCGGGCAGAAAACUAGAAGUAGUGGCCGAAUUUGACAACGAUGGAACUGUAUCCAAACUGCAUCUUCCAUUGAAUGAAGUCAUAAACGCGACGGAUUUAAAUUUAAUCAAGGGGCUGAUCAGUUUAUUUAUCAUUCGAACCGCUCUUGAAGCUGGUGUAGAGACAGACAGCUCGGGAACUUGUCGUGUUUCCUACAUCGCUCUGAACUACACGGGAUCUAAUCCUGACCUCGCUGUUUUCCAUAAAGUGAAAAGCCGUUGUCAACGAACGCAGCACCCCUUAGAUGUUUGGAGUCACAGUUUAGUUCCAAUCACGAAAUUACGUGGGGCUGAGCGAAUACAUACACGCUACUUGUUUAACACAGCGGAAGGCUACAUUGUGCGUGCCGUUUCCUACGAGGAACAGACACUUUUCACUCUUUCUGGGACAGACGUGAACGUUGUCAAGUUGAAUUCGCUACAAGAACUGAAAUUAGUGAACAGCAAUUGGGAACCGCAUAUUCUUUCCGGUGCUAGAAAUGUCGAUGAGAUUGUAACCAGCAUUCUGGGUGCAGCGGACAGGGUGGUACAUUUGGCCCCAAUCUACCCGGUCAGUGACUCAGAAAACCCUUGCAGCAUGAACAACGAGUUACAUCGGAACAUAUCUUCCGAUAUAUCACUCACCUUGUUGCGCAGUUGGAUCGAGGGUGCUCGUGAUGAUUUGCACACACAUCAGCUUGGACACAUGAAGUCAUUGCAUCGUGCUAUGCAACUCAUGAGGAUGCUACGCUGUCUACCAAACAGUCCCGAAUCCGUCGAUUUACUAACACAUGCAUCCACUCUGAGUCCCCCUGCUAUUGAUUCCCGAAUGAUGUACCGCCAGUCAGGCUCUUGGCGUGACCAGUUAGUGGACGUUCUUAUUGGUUGUGGGACACCCACGUGCCUGUCAGUGGUGCUUAGGCGUCUGGAAGCCUUAACCGAAGCUGCUAACUUUAGCAAGCCGGAUGACAUAGCAGCCACACGCGAAGAGCAACUCGCUCGAGCCAUGUUGUUUGGCAAAUUGUGGCCCCAGCUAGCUCACGCCGAGCGAUUGACAACCAGUCAGUUCGAGCGGAUGUUUAAUUGUUGUCUGGCCGUAACCAGUACCACAAACAGAAUAGUUUGUCUCAUGGCAUUGGCAAAUCUGUGGUCGACAGUUUUGUCUGAGGAUGGUUCGGUGCGAGAAUUACUCAUUCACUCUGUUGAGGAACUGCUGUGGGGCAAUUUCGAAGGUUCUGAAAGAGCAUCAAUCGGAGAAGGCCAGACACUGGAGGCAGUGAACGAUAAGAAUUCACGGAUUAUGGCCGCUAUCACUGCGGCUGAGGCACUGAAUGCUGCGGAAUUAAUCAAUUCACUGCUGUCACUCAUCAACUUUGCGGAUGUUUAUCCUUCCGUGCGAGCAGCGGCCAUUCGAUCUGUUGGUAAGCUAUUAUCCAAAGCCAAAGCGAAUAACAACCAAGAACUCAAGUAUAACGUCAAAAUGGACGAAGUUGAAGCAGUUCUAACUCAACUGUUGCUCGAAGAAUCCGAAGGUAAUUUGGUAAUCGAUCGGGAAAUUGUCCAUACGCUUCUCAUACUUAAUCCUUAUCCAAAAUCGAUUACUAGACUGUUUGCCACAUUGGUCGAACAGAAUCGUUGGGUUCUAAUACGAGAAUGUCGCUUCCUAGUAAAGUGGUUGUGUGAGUCCGACGCACUACAUCCUGCGGUUUGUGUUUGUUUCGCUGGUGAUGGUAUAUGCGAUUUGGGAGCUGCUGGCGGUUGGUCCGGCUUAGCCGCUGACAACACAACGACCUUUUACAAUUCAAGUUCUAUUCGAGGGGAACUGUUUAACAUAAAUGACACACUGGUAGUGGACUACUUAUUACAACUGAUCAAUGGCCCCAGUGGCGAGCUGUGUUAUUCAAAGUUAUCUAUGCAUCUGUUGGGUCCAAAUGGUGGUGGUCGUUUAAUGGAAUUUGCCAUAAACACAAACGGCUUGGAAAUAUUCUCCCAAAGCCUAGGCUUAACUGAUUCUUCAAAAGAAGCUCCCACUACUGAGGGCGCUUGGGUAAACUUGGAGUUGCAGUAUUUCAACACCAACCUUCCUCCAUGGACUGUGUUCCAAGGUGGAAUGACUAACAUGAUGAAGACCCUGUGGUCUGCUUCAUCGGAUCCGGCACCAGUGCUGCAGUUUCUCCGCCCCUUCGUGGAUGAACGUCAAUACAGUGCGUUUUCAGCCGGCUGGAUCCUGUCUUUGGACACUUUGGGACUGUUGUCCGUGGACUUGUCCAUGGCAAUGAAAGUCAGCAUCUUCACCAGAUCCGGUCGUAGCCUUGUACGCAUUCGACUGGCACUGGUAAGCGAAGUAUACAUGCAUGUGGUGCAUGAAGCGGAAUCCGUGAGCCGCUCGACACAAGCCCUCAUCAAAGGCUUCGGUGGAGACGGGGAACUGGAUUUUAUCACACAGGUUAGGGUGUCGGAUCUGCCUGAUGGAGUGUGUAUGGCUAUGAACCGAAGAAAUGACUUUCAAUCGCUCUUCUGGGAAGGUGUCCGUUCAGUGUCAGAAUUUCGACCAGUGCCAACAGGCACACUGAACUAUCGAGACAUAACUGAGCACUCGGAUUAUCGUAUAACACACAGUUUGAAUCUACCCGGUGUUUCAUUUGAUCUGGGGGACGCGAACACAAAAAGGUGUGUCAAAAUGGGUGGAACAUUUCUGUGGUAACUGAACACCACUUUGUGCUCCUACUUGAUUUUACGUUCGGGUCUACUUCCCGGUAGAACGACUAAGAUUUUACUGAGUAUUUGUAUAAAUUUUGUAUCAUAUUCGGCAGUGCGCCACACCUGUAAAAAUUGAAAUUAGCAUAAUU